AUGGUGACAUUGAUGCCGUGUAGCUACCUCGGCGGCGCGUCCCCGAGGUGCAGCUUGGACCACACCGAACCAAAGGCAAAAAGGGCACGACCGGAUACAGGCACCGAUGUUCGAUUAUCGGGCGAAACCAGCACAAGCCCCUGCGAGUCCGAAUCAACCUCCGAGUCGCCGCCAUCUUUGUUGCAAGAUGCAACUCUACCCGCGCUUUUAGUGUCGGGAGCGUCGACGUUGUUUCAAGCCACCACGUCGACCAGUUCCGCGCUGAGUCUCACGGACGGGCUGAGCUUACCUCAGGAGGACUGCGGCUUGGCUAAUGGUUGCGCGAACGCUGCCUUGAGCGGGCUGGCUCUACCACUUACGUCGUCUGCCGGCUUGUGUUCUACGACGUCGUCGUCCGCCGUCGCCUGGUUGAUGAAUGACGAUAGCACAGGUGGUGGCGUCAAGAGCGAGGUGCGCAGCCCAGGGCUGUGCGAAGCAGACGUGGCUUUAUACGGCGAAACGCUGCCCUACGAUCAGUCCACGCUGUCCUACCAGUAUUAUAAUAGUAUGCAGCAGUAUGGCGGCGGAGGUGCGGCCUCAUCUUACGUCAGCUCUACAUUGUACAACCAGCCUUACGCUGCCUACCCACCACCGCACAACACUAAUAAUAGGUCGUCAUGUAAAGCCACACCGACGUAUCUGAGUGCUUACGGCGUCAGCAGCGUCGGUACGGUACCGAGCUCUGGUUUCGGGACGCAGCCCUCACCUUACGCGUAUUCAUCGUAUAACGGCGGUUUGGCGCAGUCCUUCCCUAAUGCACAACAGGACUACAGCAGCUACGCAUCAGGGUAUGCUGAUCAUAGCGUUGCACAAUAUGGCGGAUAUUAUGCUGCCCCUAGUUACUCUCCAUACGUAAGCUCGCCUAGUAGCAGUGGAAGCGCCGGUCAUACAUCAUAUCACCUUGGUGGAGGUUUAUCAGAACUACAUAACGACAGUGUAGAUGACAAUUCUGAUUACUGGCCAGACUCUGAUAGCGAUGACGAAUCACCAUCCUCUAUGGUACCAUCAUUAAAUGAUGCAAGUCCACUGUCACCAAUAAAAAAUGAAGUACAUGCUGCUAGUAGAAGAUGCAGAGAGAAUUCAGGUGAGAGCACAGCGAGCAGAUCAAGAGGCAGAGGAAGACGUAAUACAUCGUCAUCUCCCGCACAACAUGUACCAGAACCAUCUACAGAAAGAGUCUUUAUCUGGGACCUAGAUGAAACUAUAAUCAUAUUCCACUCUCUACUCACUGGAACUUAUGCUACAAAGUACAACAAGGACACACAGCAAAUAGUUCAGUUGGGUUUUAGAAUGGAAGAGAUGAUUUUUAGUCUGGCUGAUACACAUUUCUUUUUCAAUGAUGUUGAGGACUGUGAUCAGGAACACAUAGAUGCUGUGGCGGCAGAUGACAACGGUCAAGACCUAUCUGCGUAUAAUUUCGCCUCAGAUGGCUUUCACGCAAGCGCCGCCACCAGUGCUGGUUUAUGCGCGCCUGGUAUGCGAGGCGGCGUAGACUGGAUGAGGAAACUCGCGUUUCGAUAUAGAAAAAUCAAAGACACAUACAAUAAUUACAGAAAUAGCGUGGGUGGAUUGUUGGGACCAGCGAAAAGAGAACAGUGGCUUCAGCUCCGUGCUGAACUCGAGCAAGCUACGGACAAUUGGCUGACAUUGGCUUGCAAGUGUCUAAAUAUGAUCAACUCCAGAGAGAACUGUGUUAAUGUUCUGGUAACAACUACACAGCUAGUUCCUGCAUUAGCUAAAGUCCUACUAUUCGGACUUGGAGGAGUGUUUCCCAUUGAAAAUAUCUACUCUGCAACCAAAACAGGUAAAGAAACAUGCUUCGAGAAAAUAAAGCAGCGCUUCGGUGACCGUUGUACGUACGUUGUGAUUGGCGACGGCCAGGAUGAGGAAGCGGCAGCGAAGGCGAAGAACUAUCCAUUCUGGAGGAUCUCCAGUCAUUCAGAUAUCGCCGCGCUUUACAACGCAUUAGAUAUGGGUUUCUUAUGA